GUUUCAUCCAAAAGAGACUACUGAAUUCUGAAGGCUAGUGAUGUGGUUUUGCUUCAGUAGCCUGUGUGCCUCUUUGUCAGAGCCUUUUGUGAUGAGUUGCACCAACUCUUUCUUUGCACAUAACAUAAGUAAGGUCACACCUGAAGCAAAGACAGAGGCCCGGCGUUCAGCAGGGUGGAGUGAUCAGCGAGCAUGAAUGAAAACGUACCUGUUAACAAGAGAAGACAAGGGAACAACUGAACAACCAAUGAAGGGGAUUGUCCCUUCUCUCCUCCUUUCCUUUCUCUCUCUAUCCUAGGUCUGGGAUGGCAUGCGCUGCUAACUACUUCACCCUUCCAUGCAAAGCAUGGACGUGCCUUUUGCAGCGCAGGCCGGGGAUACCAUGUCUUAACGGCUUAACGCGAUGUGUUCCAGACACUUGUGAAAGGGACCAGGUCUUCCCUCCCUGCAUGCUUGAACUUGUCAACCAAGUGUCCUCCCUUCCUACUACCUUGGUCUCGCCUCACCUCCCCCAGUGCCCAACGCUAUAAGUUGCUUCUAGGCUUUGGUUGCAACUCUCAUUUUCUCCUCAAACCUUCCCUUGGGACACUCUCUCUCUGUUAUCACAGCUGAACUUUGUUCAUUCAUACACAUGUACAUGCAGGACUUGUUUUGGUUCAGGCUGUUGAGUUGCUCCAACUGUUAAACAGAUCAAAGCUUCAGCUCCAGGGUUUUGAUAUAGCUGCAAGGAUCAAUCACUCAGGGUCUAUCCGUCUAUAUACGGCGGAGAUCGUUGUAUCGACUCGGUUCGUCGUCGGUCUUCUCUGUCCUCCUGGUACAAGAGGCGGUACCCGGGUGAGCUAGCUGCUCUUGGUGCACCGAGAUGAGAGGCUUCGCUUGUGCUCAUGCAGAGAAAAGGCAUCGUUUGGACAAAACUUUUUUGAGCAAGAAGGAUUGCAUCGGAAGGUACUACGCCAAGGAUGCCAAGUACAAGCCCUUCAGCGCGCUGCUGCCCGAGGGCUCCAGCGGCAAGGUGCUCUACGUGAAGCUCGUCCUCGUCCUCCUCAUGUGCGGCUCCUUCAUGGGCCUCCUCCACUCGCCGUCGAUCCACCUCGCCGACGAACAACGCCACGCACAGUCAGCAGAGGCGCCGGAAGCGAGCUGGAUGUCGCACCCCGACGCGCCGAAUUCGGGGUACGCGUCGAGCCUGAAGAUCGAGUGGUCGCAGAUCGAAACGGCGAUGAAGCAAGUCGCUCCGGCGGCGGAGGACGGCGGCGGCGCGCCGCGGGUGGCCCUGCUCAACUUCGACGACGGCGAGGUCGGCGAAUGGCGGGCGCGGCUGCCGCAGACGGAGGCCUCGGCGGUGCGCCUGGACCCCGUCGGGAGCAACGUCACCUGGGAGCACCUGUACCCUGAGUGGAUCGACGAGGAGGAGCUGUACGGCGCGCCGUCGUGCCCGGAGCUCCCCGAGCCGGCGGAGCAGGCGGAGGCGUACGACGUGGUCGCGGUGAAGCUGCCGUGCGGGCGCGCGGCCAGCUGGUCCAAGGACGUGGCGCGGCUGCACCUGCAGCUGGCCGCGGCGCGCCUCGCCGCGCGCCACGGUCGACAGGGCGCGGCGGCACACGUGCUCGUGGUGAGCCGGUGCUUCCCGGCGCCCAACCUGUUCCGGUGCCGGGACGAGGUGGCGCGCGCCGGCGACGUGUGGCUGUACCGGCCGGACGCCGCCGACCUGGACCGGAAGCUCGCGCUGCCCGUCGGGUCCUGCGAGCUCGCCAUGCCGUUCAAAGCCCUGGGCGCGCCGUACGUGUCGGCGGCGCCGCACCGGGAGGCGUACGCGACGAUCCUGCACUCGGAGCAGCUGUACGCGUGCGGCGCGCUGGCGGAGGCGCAGAGCCUCCGGAUGGCGGGGUCCGGGCGGGACAUGGUGGCGCUGGUGGACGAGACGGUCGGCGCGCGGCACCGCGGCGCGCUGGCGGCGGCGGGGUGGAAGGUGCGGGCGAUCCGGCGCAUCCGCAACCCGCGGGCGGCGCGGGGCGCGUACAACGAGUGGAACUACAGCAAGUUCUGGCUGUGGACGCUGACGGAGUACGAGCGGGUCGUCUUCCUCGACGCCGACCUGCUGGUGCAGCGGCCCAUGGAGCCGCUGUUCGCGAUGCCGGAGGUGAGCGCGACGGGGAACGACGGAUCCUACUUCAACUCCGGCGUGAUGGUGGUGGAGCCCUGCGAGUGCACGUUCCGGCUGCUGGCGGGGCACGUCGGCGACAUCGAGUCGUACAACGGCGGCGACCAGGGGUACCUCACGAGGUUUCUCGUGUGGCACCGCCUGCCGUCGCAUGCCAACUUCAUGAAGCACUUCUGGGCGGGGGACACGCCGGAGCGCGCCGCCGCCCGGCGCCGCGUGCUGGCGGCGGACCCGCCGGUGGCGCUCGCCGUGCACUUCGUGGGGCUCAAGCCCUGGUUCUGCUUCCGCGACUACGACUGCAACUGGAACGUGCCGGCGCUGCACCAGUUCGCCAGCGACGAGGCGCACGCGCGGUGGUGGCAGGCGCACGACGCCAUGCCGCCGCGCCUGCGGGAGUUCUGCCUGCUGGACGAGCGGCAGAAGGCGCUGCUGCGCUGGGACGCCGCGCGCGCCAGGGAGGCCAACGCCUCCGACGGCCACUGGGCCGUCCGGAUAGCGGACCCGCGCCGGAGCAUGUGCCCCGGCGACGACGCCGAGGCCUGCCGCCCGAGGGAGAUCGCCGGCCGCCGGGUGGAAGGGAACCGGAUCACCACGUCGUACGCCAAGCUCAUUGACAGUUUCUGACGGCCAGAGGCUUCCGAACUUUUGCGAAUCGAAUGCCGCGACGGCUGCUGCUCUAGCUUGUCAUGGUACCCCACAUAACUGACUGCACCAGGCAGGGUGGAGAGGAGCAGUGGAGAACUGGAGAUCGAGGUUGAAGAACAGCAGUUGCAAUCGAAGAGGAAUUCUUGGAUUCAUAAGGUUCAGAUUUCAGUCACAGUGUUGAUGUCCUGCCCUCUCUCUGCAUACUGACUGCACCAGGCAGGUUGCUUUCUAUAUAAAAAAGGGGCAUUUAUAUUCUGGCCUCCUCGGAUGUCUUUUUUUUUUCUUCUGAUGGGGCCUCCUCUGAUGUCAAUAGGCCACGCUCUUGUGCAAUCCUCCUCUUUUUUCGAAGAAGUUGCACAUAAAGAUGACAGGGGGAUGGGACCUGUGCACAAAAUUAGAGUGAAUUCUGCACAUACAGUUACAAUUGA